GCAGCGAGCUCACACGGGAAUAAACCGUGAAUAGCCAGGGCCUGAAAGAAAGUACAGUACGGGAUCAUUUUCGAUCUUUCGUAUUCGUGUGUGGACACAAAUAUGAAGUGAAAUCAAAACUUUCGGGAGCUUUUUGAAAGGUUUGCGGGGGGUCUAAACGUCAGAUAACUGCUGUCUUCAUUUGACCAAAAAUAACCUGGAGACUUUUCCCGGUAUGGGGAGCGCAUUAUUGGGGUCAGUUCGCUGCGUUGCACCACACUGAAGUUUUCUCUGCAAACAGGUGGAUUUGGGAUAUAUCGUGAAGGUAUCUGAGGUCUAAGCAUGCCAGUGCCCCCUCCUCCACCUCCGCCUCCCCUGGCUCCCCCUCCACCACCCCCACCUAGCACGGCCCUGCCACAGUGUCCUUCACAGCCUCCUAAACUGGGAGGUGGAGGUGGAGGAGGAGGAGGAGGAGGAAGGAAUGCCCUGUUGGCUGACAUCCAGAAAGGAGCCAAGCUCAGGAAAGUCGCACAGGUCAACGACCGCAGUGCCCCUGUUGUUGAGAAGUCCAAGGCCAGCACUGGAGAUGUAUCGAGCAGUGCUGGUGCAUCUCAGGGCUCGUCAGGAGGCACGGCACCCAUGGGACCCUCCUUGGGCGGGCUCUUUGCUGGAGGCUUCCCAACUCUCAGGCCAGCAGGACACAGAGACUUAGCAGGCAAGACCCCAGUGUCGCGGUCGAGCUCAUCCGCCUCCCUGAAGCCCCUGUGGAAUUCUCCCACGUCAGCAGACCCAAACAGCGUCCCUGAGCCUAACAGGACAGCAGAGCUCCGAGGCUCCGUCCACCGUCCGCUCGCUCCCUCGUCCUCUGCUCCUCCCUCCCCUUCUAACAGCAGCAAGCACCCACCAUCUUUCCUGGCCUCCUCUCCCCCUCCGCCCCCCUCCGUCCCUCCCUCCGCACCUCCUCCACCUCCCCCACCCCAAGCCUUCCAAGACCGGCAGGCCAACAAGCCUCCGCCGCUCCCCUCCUGCCCUCCUCCUCCUCCUCCGCCAUCCCAAGUCUCCAAGCCCACCUGGCUCCCCGUCCAGCACUCCCAUCAUACAACCAUCUCCCAGCCCUUAACGCCUCCUCCUCCUCCACCACCUCCUCUCCAGCCUCCCUCUGCUCUUCCAGGGGACCGCUCCUCAGGGUGCUUCUACCCUCCGCCACCCUCCCCAGUCCACUCUGAACCUUCUAGGUUCCCCAUCCUGUGGGAUAGCCCACUGGGACCUCCACCUCCACCACCUCCUCCCCCUCUCCCGGCUUCUUUUACCCCCAGCUGCCCAUCCACUCUUCCCCCUCCACCGCCCAAGGUGGCCCCAGUGCCCUCCCCAGCCAUGCGAUCUCUACCUCCCUCAUAUCCUUGCAACGCACCCACCCGACGGCCGCCUGCUGUGCCCAGAAGUGCUGGUGUGGGUCGGCUGGCUCCUCCUCCAGCUCCUCCGACACGUUCCCCCACCACCGAGCUGUCCAGCCGCAUUCCUCCUCCUCCACCGCCUCCUCCCCUGCCUCCAUCAAGCCUCAGGAAUGGACACCUGCAGAGCCUGGCAGAUGACUUUGAAUCCAAGUUCCAGUUCCACCCUGUGGAAGACUUACCCCCCCCUGAUGAAUUCAAGCCUUUCUCUCGGAUCUACCCCAGCAAAGAAAACAGAGUGAACCAAAAACCACCUGGGAUGAGGACACCCCUCAGAUGAGUCAAGGCCUCAGCCUGUUAUUCAUCCCCCUCACACACACACAUGCAUGUAUCAGGCAGUGAAGACUCCCCAUCCUCUUCCUUCUCAUGACAAUAAGACAAUUGCCAUGGACUUGGAUGUACAUCCUCUUUGUGUGUGUGUUUAUGCGAGUGUCAAACAGGGUCCCGCCUCAUACAGACUAUGUGGCCUCUGACCUUUUCCAGUGUGGAAUGUUUUGAAUGCGUGCGAGGAGGAGGACUCUCCCUACUCAUAUUCAUAUACACACAGAAUGCAGGGACAGUGUCUUCCCAUAGCUACAUUUAACAUGACUCUUGACGCAGCUUGUACGCAUUCAUUUGAUAUCACCUCUGACCCUUUAGUCAAGAUGUCACGGCCUGUGCUUUUAGAUAGCAUCACUUUUACAAUCUGCAUUGGACCCAGAAACACAGCAGUAAAGCUCUUUUACUGAUUUAUCCAGAAUGUGGUCCAGUAACAUCUAGCGUACAAGGGGAACCUCCUCAAGUGUUUGUAUACACAACUGCCAGCAUGCUGUUUAUCCUGCAUCUUUUUAAAAUGUUUGAGUAAGACAGCACCUGUUUCAGUUUUGGGAAUUCAUUGAGCAACCGUUAACAGCAAGUAAACUUCAUCAUCAAUGAAAAAAAAUCAUCAAAAAAACUGUAGUCGACUCACUUGCACUGCAGGAUAUCCUCCUAUGUGCUUGUAUAUAUAGCGGUGCUCUCCUGUGUUUGUGUGAUUAUUUUUUUAUAGGUAAAUAAAUUCAUAGAAGUGGGUAUAGUGAAAAUAUUGUGACAUGUUAGGAUUGUGUGAAUGCAUCUGUUUUCAGUGACACUGCUAUGAGCAGAUCAUGAAUUGAGGUCUACUGUUUCCUUUCUCCCAGCGUAACCAAUACUAACACCUGUGAGGACAGUGCCACCUGCUGGUUAUGUUGUGUAAAGUAUUACAAAGUGUUAUCACCAAAUGAAGCACAAUAUUUUCUUUAAAAAGUUGUCACUUUGUUGAUCACAUCAAUUAUAAGCUAACAUUAAAAUCUGCCCUGAACAGAACAUUUAUGUGUUUGCAUGGAAGAACUCAACCCCAAAGCUACAGAAACAGGACUGUCAAGAUUCUAGUCAGCGCUGCGGGAACAUUUUCUGGACUUGUGUUUGCAAUACGUCACAUUAGCCUCCAGCACAUUAUUAAAAAUAACAGGUGUAGCUAAUCCCACAUACCUGUCAGACCAUUUUGUCAGCAGAAAGAGUGAAUCAUUAUUAUUAUUAUUCAUUUUAUUAUUUGUAAAAUUCAAGAAGGGUUUUAAAACUUGUGAAAACUGCUCUUAAUGUUGUAGAGCAGGGCUCAAAAACCUUUCAGCACAGACACUGCAGUGUCUGCAUGUGCAAUUUAACUUUCUCACAGAUAUUUUGGACUUGUCAAACAUUUAACCGUGCCAGUAUUGUGCACACUCAUUCCCAGGAUCACCUAAAUGGACCUGAAAUGUCAACAGUUAGACCUGUUUGUCCUUGUGAAGCUUUAGACUAAACACACACAGUCUAGUCAAUAUGAUAAGACUCGAACAAUAUUUUGGUUACUGUUUUGAACACGUAUUGCAUGUACACCAAAUGCUUCCAGAUUAAUGCCGUUUACCUGCAUUUUGAAAAGGAAGCAAACACUGCAUUUUUCAUUAAGGGGAAUUUUACAGCUAAAUUUAGUAACACAGGUUUUCUUACGUCACCUGCCCACAGGAUGCACUGUCACUAUAAGCACUCAGUCCCUUUAUUUGGCUUUAGACAUUCUGCAAACAAGUAUAGUUAAUACAAUGUAUGUACAACGUACGCAAGAUGAAGUGGAACCAUUUUAGCCCAGUCUAAUUUUCAGAUAUGUAAAUGUGCUACAAGAGCUUUUCAGGGACCCUGUUGGGAUAAAAAAAUUGCAAAGACCUGCUAAAGAAAAACAACUUCUGAUUCUGUUGGCUCAAAUCCCACCUCACAAAAAGACAGGAGCAGUUUCAUGUCACACACCUCACAAACACAAAGCUUCUUU